AUGACCACGUCUUCACAAGACUCUAAUCCCGAUGGCCGGCAUCUCUCGAGGCUGGGAAGUCGAUUUGGAGAAUGGAUACUAAAGCGCGAUACCACGGCAGUCGCGGAUGCAGUUGCAUCAACCUCUGCCACUGAGAGUGCCACCUAUGUGACAACGACCAGCCGUGCCGAUGCAACGGCGACCUCAGAAUCCACGACUGCCUCGAGCACCUCAACAACCUCUUCAUCAUUCACAACAACAACUGCAACAGAUACGACAACCUCAGCUACAACAUACAGUACUUCCAGCACCACCACCACCACCACCACACCGUCCUCAUCCGCAUCCACCGCUGCCUCAGCCACAACUACCACAGCAGCAACGACGACGACCACCUCAACGACCACACCAACUCCUACCGAAUCCGCCGAAUUGAAGAAAUGGAACCACCGCGGGACCAUCGCCGCCAUCGUCACCUUCAGCAUCCUCGGUUCCUUCUUCCUAGGUGCCUGCAUCGCCCGAUGCAUCCGCAAUCGGGUGAAGAAACGGCGCAUCGACGCGAUAAACCAGCACGAUAAAGAAUCUUCGCUCUACAUGUUGACCCUGAACCCCGAAAAGGGGAGUUCGGCAAGCCAAUUGAAGUUGGAUCGCGAGUCGAUCAUGUUCUGCGACGAGAGGAGGUCGCAACUGGAGACCGUGCCGUCGUUGUCAGGGCAGUCGUAUUGGCAGGGGUCUGUGGCGCAUUCGUCCAUGCCGUCGGAAGAUAUGGGCCGGUCGAUGAGUAGUGGGAGGCAUACGCCGUUAGGUGUGAGGGAGCAGAAUGGGAAAGCUGAAGUGUAA